AUGAACACGGUGGAGGAAGAAGAGAUUGCCGUAUUUGGUCCAGAUUCUGCUCCUCCGUCGUCCUUGAGGGAGGGUCCUGCUGAUCCUUUUCGGUCUGAAUUGUUGCUAUCCACACACACCAGGACCGCUUUGACUGAUCCGGAGACAAUAGAAUUGACAAUGAUGGAAGAUGGGAACAAAGCACCAGCUAAUCCGGACAGUGACGAUGACAGUUCAAUGGAUGACCCAUUGAACGACCCCAAGAAUACUUAUGCGGGCGACAUGAGCGAGUCUCCCAGCAACUUUGAAUUCUCCUUUAACAGUGCUGAUUUGGAACGAGAUAUUCGAAACAGUGCUGUGCAGACCAUUGCUUUUGAGUAUGUAUAUGGCAAUGCCUACGACGUUGUCUACAGCAUCUGCACUUGGCCAAGGCUCCUCCUGAGCUAUUGCCUAAAUUGGUUUCGAUUUGCCAGAAAGAAGGAUGAUGAUUCUGAUGGACCAGUGCCACCCCAGGAGGAUAAUCGUGUUCAAAACAUGUCGAUUGCAGCUUCCCAAUCAGCAGCUAUUGGCAUAGGAGCAGGAGUCAUGGCUGGUCAGUCGGCUGCCGCCGGAGCCGGGACUUCGACACUGUCGGCUGCUGUCUCUUCUUUAUCAGCACCUACCAUCAUUGGACUUGCUGUGGCAGCUGCUAUUGCAGUGGUUGCUACUACAACUGGUGUUGCCACAGGAAUUAGCAAUGUGAGUGACAACAAUGCUACUGGUCAUGGUGGCUGCAAUGGCAAUUUGGGAUCCAGGGAUGUCAAGCAAGGUGUCAUCCAAAUAGUAUUUUCUUCAUCAGAAACUAACAGCAAUGACAACAGUACCAUUGGUACUCCUUCCACAAAUGCAUUGCUGCUGGAGAACAAGGAAGAAUUGGAAGGGGUUUUUGCACAGGUUUACCACAAGGUCACUGCCAAUUCCACCAACAACACCAACAGUGAGACUGACCGGUGCGAUUUACCCUACAUUCCAGAAGAUGGUGUCCAAAUGAUGCAGGUUGAGCCAUCUGAAGUGGAAAAUUUCACCAAUACUGUUUGGUUUGCCGAUGUUCAUUGCGUUGGAUGCUCUGACACAGACCCACUUUUUGGAACCAGCACCGAUCCUGGUAGGGCUGUUGAUGAUUUUGUUGACCAGUUCACCCAGGCAAUAAAACCCAUCCUUAGGACUGGCAAUCCAGAACAAGACAACCUGCUGCCAGCAGAUCAAGAACAGCAGGAUUCACCAGUCGAUAUCCUCUUUGUGGCGCUGGUUGACCCUAUUACAGGAGAGACACUACCAGAUCAGACACAUCAGUUAGGACCUGGUGAUCUGAUUCUUGAACUGUUGCCAAAUAUUGAUAUUUUUUGGAAUAGUAACAAGAAUGAUCGUGAAGAAGAUCAACUAGAAGUUCCACAGGUGCCAACUGCUUCAGCGACAACAGCUGCUGCUCCCAAAGCCACUGCGGUUAAAGUGUCAAACCUUACAGUCAACACUCAAUCCAAUGCCCCUGUGCAACAAGAUAUAGCAACCAUCUCUCCUGGACAAGAGUUGGUAGCAACAAAUCCUGCAGCUGUUGCACCCACAAAUGCGAAACUCCAAGAGCCAAGUCCUAUGCCAGCAACCACAAGUGCUCCAAUGCAGCAAGGCCAAACAUCUAUUUCUCCUGUGCUAGCACCAUCUGCUGUAUCAAGUCCAACACAUUCCACAGCCAGCAUGGAGCAAGCUUCAAGCAAUGAUGACCAACAGCAAGCAACACAGCCAACCAAUCAGAAAAACUCAUUCCCACCCAUUUCAGCACUAAAAAAUCCUGCACCAUCCUUUGUGGUACCAGCACCACCAUCAGCUGGCAACCCGCCAUGGAUUGUGGGUCAACCAAUGAUGCCUUCUGGAGAUGACAGCAUGCUGUCAAGCAGCACAACAAAGAGCCCAUCACGAGAAGAUAUCACCACACCUCCUGCCACAAUUUCAGCUGUGUCCAACAACCCGGUUCCGGUUCCUCUUGGUGGUUCCAAACCAACAUUUCAUGAUCCUGUUGCGCCGUCUAGUGUUGUGUCAACUCUGAUCCCAAACGCUACAAUACCACCAUCUUCAACUUUGCCAACAACAAUUGCAAUUGUUCCAACAAGAGACAUGCUCUCACCAGAGUCAUGUGCUGCCCAACCAUGUCAAGCACACAUCAACCAACAGAAAAACUCACCAAUAGCCCUAGUAUUGAAGUGA